AUGGCUCGAAAUCGCCGAGCACGUAGGGGAACUCCUCCGGUUGAGGAUGAUGAGCAGAUACCUAGGAGGUUUGCGGAUACUUUUGGGCAGUUCUUUCGGCAGAUUGCUGCAACGCUCCCCGGGUCACAGGCUCAGCAGUGGCUUGACAGGAUGGAGAGAGUUUUCUCCCAGAUGGACCUUCCAGAGGACAAGAAAGUGAAUUUGGCAGUACAGUUCCUUGAGGAUACCGCCUGGCAUUGGUGGACUGGUGUUGUCAAUGACCCUGUAAAUGCUGGCCCGAUGACAUGGGAUAUGUUCAAGACCCAUUUCUAUGGACGGUACUUUAGUGAUGCCCACCUUAAUCGGAUGAAGGACCAGUUCUUGAGUUUGGAGAAGAGAGAUGAUCAGUCAGUGUUGGAGUUUGAGCAGGAGUUUCUCUCCUUAGCUCACCAUGUGCCGGAUUUGGUUCGUACUGAGCAAAGUAAGAUUCGUAGAUUUGUCUUGGGUCUUGGAGGAAAGUUUAAGGAUAAGAUGUUAGGCACACUGUACCGUAGUUUAGCUGAGGCAGUAUCUUAUGCCAUGGACAUUGAGUCGGACUCACCUGCCGGAUUUCACCCUAGGGAUCCUGGUGGCCCUAGCCAGGGCCCAUCUAAGAGGUCUACUUCCACAUCUGGUUCUGGUUCUUCAGUUGGUAGUGGAAAGAGCAGUGGUUCUAGUUCGAGGUCCCGUACUAGAUUCAGGGGACGUGUCAGGAGAUUCUCUCGGGGUCAGUUUAGUGGACAACAGUCUGGGCAGCUUGAGAGGUCCAAGAGUUAUCAUGGUGGUUCGGGUGGGGCUUCGACUAGCCAGUCAGCUCAGUUUGGGCAGUAUCAGACAGUGGGAUGUUUUAUGUGUGGUCAGCAGGACCACUUCAGGAGAGACUGCCCUCUUUUGACUCAGGGAGCUAGAUCUACCCCCACUCAGACUGUUGGUCAGUCCUCUACUGGCGGGUCGACUAGCGGUGCCCGCACUAGCUCGGUAGGCCGAGCUAGUGCUCAGCAGGGCAGGGCUCAGCGAGGUCGUCCUGUGACACAUGCCAGACUGCACGCCAUGACCCAGCAGGAGGGCCGUGAUUCACCAAAGGUUAUCGUUGGUACGUUGUUUAUUUUUAAUCAACCUGCUUUAACCUUAAUUGAUCCUGGUGCGACGCACUCUUUUAUGUCAAGUAGAUUCGCAUGUUUUGCAAAUGUGCCGUCAUCACUCCUUAUAGGCGAGUGGUAUGUUUCUUUACCUGCGGGAGAAGCACUUAAGAUAGAAUGGGUUUUUAAUAAUUGUGGGGUAAUGGUUAAUGGUUUUUGCCUGGAAGCCAACCUAAUUCCUCUAGAUCUUGUUGAGUUUGAUGUAAUUCUGGGGAUGGACUUUCUGGAGACACAUGGUGCAUUGGUUGAUUGUUUCCGUAAAGAAGUAGUGUUUCAAAGUCCAGGAAAACCGGAAAUCACUUUCCGUGGUGAGCGGAACGUUCUCUCCUCUUGCCUGAUUUCAGCCAUUACAGCUGAAAAGCUUUUGAAUAAAGGUUGUCAGGCUUACUUGGCACAUAUUGUGGAUACAAAGAGGGAGGUGUUGAAUAUUGAGGAUAUUCCUAUGGUCAGGAAGUUUCCGGAUGUGUUUCCCGAUGAACUACCUGGUUUGCCUCCAGAAAGAGAAAUAGACUUUACCAUUGAAUUGCUCCCUGGUACUACACCUAUAUAUCAGGCACCUUACAGAAUGGCCCCAGCAGAAUUAAAAGAGUUAAAGACCCAGUUACAAGAGUUGUUGGAUAAAGGUUUCAUUCGGCCAAGUGUGUCUCCUUGGGGUGCUCCGGUGCUUUUUGUUAAGAAGAAGGAUGGCACCUUGAGGUUGUGUUAUCACCAGUUACGGAUAAGAGAGUCCGACGUACCCAAGACUGCUUUCCGAUCACGCUAUGGUCACUACGAGUUUGUAGUGAUGCCUUUUGGGUUAACCAAUGCUCCUGCAGCUUUUAUGGAUCUCAUGAAUCGAGUAUUCCGCCCAUACUUGGACCAUUUUGUGAUUGUGUUUAUUGAUGACAUUCUGGUUUACUCCAAGAGUGAUGAGCUUCAUAUUAAGCAUUUGAAGCUAGUACUUCGGACUUUGAGGGAGGCUAGUUUAUAUGCCAAGUUGAGUAAGUGUGAAUUAUGGCUUAACAGCAUAGGAUUCUUGGGUCAUGUGGUGUCAGCUGAAGAGGAGUGUGAACAAAGUUUCCAAGAACUCAAAGGACGUUUAACUAGUGCCCCAGUUCUGGCAUUGCUUGAUGAUAGAGGGGAGUAUGUGAUUUACAGUGAUGCCUCAAGACAAGGCUUAGGUUGUGUGUUGAUGCAGCAUGGAAAUGUGAUUGCCUAUGCAUCUAGGCAGCUGAAACCUCACGAAAUGAACUACCCGACUCAUGACCUUGAGCUUGUUGCUGUAGUACUUGCACUUAAAUUAUGGAGACACUAUCUUUAUGGGGCACGAUGCCAGAUUUUCACGGACCAUAAAAGUCUCCAGUAUCUACUUAACCAAAGGGACUUAAAUUUGAGGCAAAGGAGGUGGUUAGAGUUGAUUAAGGAUUAUGAUUGCACUAUUGAGUACCAUCCAGGAAGGGCCAAUGUGGUAGCUGAUGCACUUAGCCGAAAGCCCUUUAGCUCUUUAGCCCAUUUGAAGGCAGUUUGA